AUGUGGGACUUUGCGCAAGUCACUGUGGUGGUGACACGUGUCAUGGUGCUGAUGCUCUUGGUGCUAGUUGCUUUGAUGCUGCAUAUGCUCGGUUCAGUGGGAGCCGUAGGGCCAUCCCUAGUCCCCCAAGUUGGCAAGCUAGAAGUUGCGUUAACACUUGAAAGGUAUAAUAAAAACUGUGUGAGCCUUGGACCUAUUGGUAGCUGGGUACCUGGACUUUUGGCAAGGAGGCCGGGACUGAACCCUGUGGGGCUUAGCUUCAGUAGAGGCCGUGGCCUUGAAGUUUUGGCAAGGAGGGGCCUUGGGGAGCAAAAUUUUAAAGAGCAAGGAGCUGGGCCAUUGGAGUAUACUUAG